AUAACCAGCAUGUCGGACUCUGAAGAGGUCGUUGAAGAAUAUGAGCAGGAGCAGGAAGGUAAGAGGACGUGGAGUAUCUGCAGCUGCCCCGAGACUGAAUCUAAGAAAUGACCAGACCAACUUCAAUAACCUGCGUCUUCUUUCCCUUCCCUCUCUCCCAUGUGCACCUGUGCUCUGUGAAGAGGAGUACAUGGAAGAAGGUCAGGAAGAACAAGUAGAGGAGGCGGAGGAGGAGACGGAAGAAACCAAGGCGGAAGAACAAGAAGAUGAAACGAAAGCACCAGGAGAAGGUGGAGAGGGGGAACGAGAGCAGGAGCCUGGAGAAGGUGAAGCGAAGCCAAAGCCCAAGGUCUUCAUGCCAAACCUGGUGCCUCCCAAAAUCCCAGAUGGCGAGAGACUGGAUUUUGACGACAUCCACCGCAAACGCAUGGAGAAGGACCUGAAUGAACUGCAGGCUCUCAUCGAAGCCCACUUUGAGAGCAGGAAGAAGGAGGAAGAGGAACUCAUCUCCCUCAAGGACAGGAUUGAGCAGCGGCGAGCGGAGAGGGCAGAGCAACAGAGGAUUCGCAGCGAGAGGGAGAAGGAGCGCCAAGCCCGCAUGGCCGAAGAAAGAGCUCGCAAAGAAGAAGAGGAGGCACGGAAGAAGGCUGAGGAGGAAGCGCGGAAGAAGAAAGCUUUCUCCAACAUGCUGCAUUUUGGAGGCUACAUGCAGAAGUCAGAGAAAAAGGGUGGAAAGAAGCAAACAGAGCGGGAAAAGAAGAAGAAGAUCCUCAGCGAACGGCGGAAGCCCCUGAACAUCGACCACCUCAACGAAGACAAGCUGAGGGAGAAGGCCAAGGAGCUAUGGCAAACCAUCCGCGAUCUGGAGGCUGAGAAAUUUGACCUGCAGGAAAAGUUCAAGCGGCAGAAAUAUGAGAUCAACGUCCUCCGAAACCGCGUCAGUGACCACCAGAAAGUGUAUCAGCAUCUGCCCCCGGCUCACACCAAAUCUCUCUUCUCUUCUGCCCCGACAUGGCCUGUUACUGCAGCAAAGGGUGAGUACGGGCGUUUCCCGAGUGCUGUGUGUCUCCCACUGCACGUGUGCUGCAUGGACGCCGGGGCUUGCAUCAUGCUAGCAGUAGGGCUGAUGGAGGAGGCAUUGCCAAGGAUUGACAACCAAAGCUGCGCUGGUGACUCUCAGGAUGACAUGACAGAAGUGCCCUUCACUGUCCACCCCAGCCUCCGCCUCCUCCUUCUCCUCUCUGCUGACCCACGCCCGGAGCAGGGCCUGUCCCCUGGUGCUGUUAAGGAGAGUGAUGUGGUGGGUCCUGGCUAACAGCUUCACAGCUUCUGGUUCUUGGGAGAAGGAUCCUGCAGCCGUUGUUAUCCCACUGCAACCGGAGAUCCAAUUCAUCGAUUCUUCUCUGAAGAAUCCUUGGGAGGGAGAAACAUGGGAAGGGAACUGCGGGUCCUUAGAAACACCUGGCAAAAUGCAUGAGCUUGUUUCCGUAGAGUCCCAAAGCACAUAGAUUGACUAAGGUCCCAAGGUUUUAUCUGAGGCCACUGAAGUUCUUCCUCAGAGGGCAGUGGGCAUCAACUGGAGAUGGCUCAGUCCUCUUUGCAGGACCGCUGAUGGCACCUACCUUGUCCCUCCUUUCAUGGUCACUAAUGCAUUUUUGCAUGCGCUUUUCUGCUUCUCUUCCAGGUCAAAGGCUGCCCGUGGGAAGACCAUGGUGGGUGGCCGGUGGAAAUAGAUGACUCAGAAAGCAAAGGAGGCUCAGCCACGGAGAGGUGUACUGCCUUUUGGUCGACCAGCUGGCUUCCCCACGCUGUGGAGCCUGUGCCGCACGCCCGCCCGCCCUCCCACCGCACAGAGCUUGCAAAGACCUUGCUGCAGGCACAGUGCUGUCUGGGUGGGCAGAUGCUGCGCGAGGUGGCACUUCUCAUCUCCACGCCCCCGGUUGAUGUUGUGUCUGUAAAUAAAGAGAACCGUGAGGGGG